AUGCCGUUCACCUUCCGCAAUCAACCUCUCAAGGCCUUCUACAUGACAGGCGCUAUAUGUCUCCUCAUCUUCGUACGAAUCCCGAUCUGGACGAUCCGCUACAUCUUGCCUUCCGGGCGUCCCAGUCGCAGGUGGUCGCUAGGACGCUCCUUGAUCGUCUCGUCUCUGCACACCCUUAUCGAUCUAAUGUAUUCGACUGCCCUCCUGCAAUCACCCCCGCUAGAAAAGCUUGCCGAAGAAGGCACCGACUCCGGUUUCGUAUGGGUCGAAGCAACACCUUCUCUAAUCGCGGGCGACAUUUUGGAAAAGGCGAAGCAGAAUGGCGUUGAAGCUGUAAGGACGGCGGGGUUUUGGUUCGGUGAGCGUGGGCCUGAUGGGAUGGUUGGUCAGAGGGCGAAAAGUGAUGAGCUGGUGUUCUACCAUCUGCACGGUGGCGCAUACGUCAUGGGCGCCGCACAUCCCUCCAACUCAGCGAACAAAACUCUAUGGAACGGUCUCCUAGAACAUAGCAAGAUCGCCCGCCUCUUCGCACUCGAAUACCGCUUAUCCUCUGCUCCCCCCUUCCCUUCACGCAACCCAUUCCCCGCUGCUCUGAUCGAGGCCAUCGCAGGCUACCGCUAUCUCGUGCACGACGUCGGCUUCGACCCGAGUAAUAUCAUCAUCAGCGGGGAUUCGGCUGGUGGCAACCUGGCUUAUGCGCUUGCGCGAUACAUGUCGGCGAAGGAAUACGGGCAUGAGCUUCCACGUCCAGGCGCGGUCCUUCUGCUAUCACCGACUGUAGACUGGACGGACACGCAUACAGGGCCCGAGUCGUCCAUGCAGCGCAACACUCGUACAGACUUCGUGCAUUCCAUUUUCACAAGUCGAUACACAUACAACGCCCUACGGGGCAAUCUCCCCUCCUCCGAAAUCGCCACAAACUCAUGGAUCUCCCCUGCUUCGCUCAAACUCAAGGAUUCAGACACGCGCGGGAUUUUCGAAGGAUUCCCGAGGACGUUGAUCGUUUCCGGGGCACUUGAGAUGACUUUGGACCCGAUGCGUACGUUGAGGGAUAGGAUGGUAGCGGAUAUGGGUGGGAAUGCGGUACGGUAUAUGGAGGUGCCCGAGAGUACGCACGAUUUUUUGAUACAGGGGUGGCAUGAGCCGGAGAGGACGGAGACGUUGAAGGAGAUUGGGCGGUGGGUGGAGGGGUUGUGA